AUGUCCUGCGAUUUAUCUGAUACGGCCAUUUCACAAGCGUAUGAAGAGAUUGUCAGUGGUCAGGAUACCAACUGGCUUAUUCUCGGCUAUCACGACACUCGGGAUAAAAUUUCCCUUUAUUCAAAAGGUACCGGUGGUCUUGAUGAACUACGUCAAAAUCUCCAAGAAGAAGUACUCUACGGGUUUCUGCGAAUUGAGAAUCGAUUUGUGUUGAUAACUUAUGUGAGUGAACAAGUCAGUGGUGUACGAAGAGCUCGUGCUUUGGUUCAUGGACGAGCUGUUGGUGCUUUAUUCAAGCAGGCACAUCAAAUCCAAAUUAACGCAUCAACUCCAGCAGAUCUUUUAGAAGAAAAGGUUCGCAGUAAAUUGAAGCUCAGCGCAUCAGACGAUCGACCAAGUUCACCAUCUCCGCAACGACAACAAAAUCUUCGACAAGGCACAUUACCCGGCUCCCCAAAAUCCCCGAUUGCAAAUGAUCCAGAUCAAGACCUUGCUCCCUAUAAUGUUAAUGGUUCAGAAAAUGCGCGGCGAGAGGCCGAAAAGGCUGCUCGUGAAGAUGCUGAACGCGAGAAAAUUGAAGCGGCACAGAAAAGGGACGCGGAAAAAAUUGCGCAGGAGCUGGCAAAGAAACGUGCUUUUGAGGAAUCAGAGCGUAAAAAGCAGGAAGCUAUUGACAAUCAGAAAAAAGAAAAAGCUUUAGCUGAAGCUAGGGUUAGAUUGGAGGCAGAGAAAAAAGCUCGCGAAGAGGCUGAAAAGAAACGAAAUGAAGAGCUCAGAUCCAAAUUCGCUGAAUUGGAAAAGAGUGGCAAGGUCCUGCUGGAUGGUUAUAUCACCGUACAAGGCGGAGGAGUUUACUUCUGGAAACGUCGUUACUUUGAACUACGUGGACAAACUCUAUAUCUUUUCCGUGACUCGGACGACAAACUUCCGAUUUCCAAACUCGAGCUUGAUAGUGAUGUUUCCGGUGUAUCAGACGCACAAUCCGAAGUGCUAAUACUCAAUUCGUUUAAAGUCGAUUUUCGAUCAACAGAGCCGUACUAUUUCUUCUCAGAUGACCGAAAAACCAAGGAAUCUUUUGUUCAAGCGAUAGCGAGAUAUGUCAAGUAA